CUUUUUUUCAAAUCCCCUUAUUGCAAAUAAUAAAGAGAUCAGACGAUCAUGCCUGCCGUCAAAUCGAACAAAGUUGCCAACAAGGGUCAGAAAACAAAGCCGGUGAAGGCCAAGGCCGCGAAAUCGACCGAAGAAACGAAGCCUUCUGGUAAACGGGUGACAUUCGCAAAAGACAAAGACUUGGCGGUGGCUGCUCCUGCUAAUGCCAAAGCCAAGGCGCCGACCAAGGUUGAACCUAAAAAAGCUGCCAUGAAGAAGAAGGCUGCCGAGAAGAAGGAAAAGCCUGUUGAAAAGACUGCUCCGACUGCCGAUGUGAAGGUGCAGAAGCGAAAGGCAACAUCCGAACAAGAAGAGAAAAAGCCGAUCAAGAAAUCAAAGGCAUCGGAACCUAAAGUGGAAAAGAAAAAGACUAAUGUUGCCAAGCAACCCAAGACCGAAAAAGCACCAGCUAAAAAGGCAAAGAAGGAAGAACUGAGCAGUAGCGAUGAAGAGGAUGACGAGCAGGAAGCGAUCGCUGAACAAGUGAUCGCCGGUGACGAUGACGAAUUAACCGAGGAACAAGAGGAAGCUCUUCGAAAAGCAAUUUUGGGCGAUAUGGCCAGCGAUGAUGAAGAUGAAGAGGACAGUUCCGAUGAGGAAGUGGAUGAAGAUACAUUUGAAACCAACAAGGAAGUCAUUGCCGUGAACAACAAAAAGUUGGCUCAAAGUAAACUGGAGACCAAAGCCAAGUUCGAUAAACGCACACCAGCUCCGUCUUCCGGUGAUCAUGGCAUCAUUUAUCUCGGUCGUAUUCCUCACGGUUUCUAUGAAGAACAGAUGAAGGAUUACUUUAGUCAGUUCGGUACCGUCACUCAACUUCGACUUGCACGUAGCAAGAAAACCGGUGGAUCUAAGCAUUAUGCUUUCAUUGAAUUUGAGUCAAAGGAAGUGGCUGAGAUCGUCGUGGAGACAAUGCACAACUACUUAUUGUUUGGUCGCAUGCUGCAAUGCAGACUGAUACCGGCUGAACAUGCCCAUCCCCAAUUGUUCAAAAAUGCCAACAAGAAGUUCAAGGUCAUUCCCUGGGCCAAGGUCGCUCGUACCAAGAUGAACAAAAAGAGAAGCCAGGAACAGCAAAAGAAAGUCACAAAAAGAUUGGUCGCGAAAGAAAAGGAACGACGCGAGAAACUGCAAAAGUUCGGUAUUGACUAUGACUUCCCCGGCUAUGAAUCCAUCGCCAACCAAGCCUCCGAGUAAAUUCCCCAUCCAUUCUGCUAGAUUUAUUUCCAUUUUUUUUUGACAACCACAGAACAAGGACAAGAAUUAUUUUUUUUGUUUUGCAUAGGCAUUCUUUUUUCCACAGUAAAAGAUUAUUUUCAUUCUAUUUUUCG